UAAAUUUGAGAAUAUCUCCGCGGUGCAUUAUGGGAUACAAAAUGGCUAUUUCACUAAUAAACAGAAGAGUGGAGUGUGCAAGCUAAUCCUCAUAGCUUCAAUAAUCUAAAGGCUGAAGUCCACGAUAUAUUGUAAAAUGAUGAAAGUGUUUCUACUUAGCAUAAUAACUAAUGGAUACGAGUCGGUAACGUUAUUUUAUGUUGAGUAAUAAAAUCAACAAAUAGCUACCAUGUCAGCACAAUUGGAGUCUACAAUGAGGAAUGAAUCCAGCGCGAAAGGGGACGAAGGUAGAGGAUCAAGAAGCAGAGGGAAAGAAAAGCGAAAACGAAAGCGCAGCCGCAGUCGAUCAUCGUCAUCCUCUUCCAGCUCAUCUUCCUCAUCCUCUUCUCCAUCCUCCUCUCACUCUUCUCACAGUAGGAGCAGCAGCAGCGAUUCAAACAGCAAGUCCAGAAAGCAUUCCAAAAAAAGGAAAAAGGAAAAAACGCACAAAAAGAAGGGGAAGAAAGAAAAGAAACGUAAGCGAAAAAAGGACAAGAAAAUUAAAGGAGAGGAGGAGACCUCGGGACCUGUACAGAUUUCGAAGUACUUGAAGGAGCGAAAGAGAAGUGGCAAGUACAGCAUGAUCUCAGGGAAGAAAAUUAAACUGAAAGUGAAGAAAUCAAAGAAAGACAAACAGAGAGACAAAAACCGUGCAGAACUGCUUGAGUUCCUCAACUCUACACUUUGAUGUGAAUGCCCUCACCAUUAGUUUUGUUCCGGGCUCUUCCAGACUAUCCUGAACAGUCUUGUUUUGUUUUAUAGAAAGUAAUAUCACAAUUUUAUUAGAAGGUUUAUUGCAUUUAAGACUGUCACUGUUUCCCCAUAUAUUACUGCUGCACUGUGUGUGGCCCAGCAAAUGAGUACAAAAACCUGUUAAGCAAUCGUGGAUUCAACGGCUAACAUGAUUAACAGGAUGUCUAUUCAGAUUAUUCAAAUUUAAUUCCAGUUUCUAUAUUGCAUUGCUAGACUUCUUGUUUUAAGAAAGAUGUUAUAUUCAAUUGACUUGUGUAAAAUUAUGCUAUGGAAAUCUUUGCAAGAUGAUGAUGAAUAAUUUAAAGUCAGAAAAUAUAGCAUGUACACUUUUCAAACCUCAAACUGUAUGUCAUUCCCAUGUAACACCAACUUUCCUUGGAUAACAGCAUGGGUAUUUUAUAUUGUGGAUUUUUAGGUGGUAAAUUGAUGCAGCUUAACCAGUUAGAAAUGUUUUUUCUCCCAACAGCAAUGAACUGCUGGAAAUACGGAAACUGUAAUGUGUAAUGUUCCACUGUUCAAUAAAACAUCACUGUCCUUUGAGA